GCAGUCCAGAUCCUGGCUUUCGCACAUAUUUUGACACUCGGAAAUCAGAAAUUAUAAUCAAAGUAGUAAUAAAGGAAAACGAUGAUAACAAAUGGACCUGUAAAAAUGGAAAUCAAGAGGCAACUAUUAAAGUAAAAACUGGUUAUACAUCUGUAGUAGCAAAGUUGACUUCAUCUGCUUACUUUGGAACAGUAGGUCAGGAAGUGAAUUUAUUGUGUCAAGUAGUUGUUUACGGUACUACAACCUACGACCCUACCAUGGUAUCAACGUCUAUAACUAGAAAUAGUGAUGCCAGCAAUCUUACUACUACUGUUUCUAAGGGGCAUUUCCUGAAUUACAGAGCCACAACUAAAUUAAAAUGUACAGAUCACUAUUUUUCAUGUUUUACUUUCACUGGAUUUGGUAGACUGAGUAGUGAUAAUGUAGAGAUUAAUGUCCUUGAAUGUCCAUUGCAGAUAUUUUACGAUAUGAUAACAACCAACGUAACAAUUGAACAGGGUAAAAGACGUGAUUUAGAAUUGUACUAUUCUGGUUAUCCAGUGACGACCAGAUGGUAUAAAAAUUUUCCAGAGGGAGAUAUGUCAUUAAAUAGAGUAAAUAAUGUCAUAGAUCUACAUAUAGGAUCUAGGAAAGAGAUUAUGUUUAUUGCCAAUGCUAAUUUUGACGAUGCUGGACAAUAUACAGUACAUGUUCGACAGAAUGAUACCGUCCUUAAAGUUGUUUACCAUGUGACUAUCGUAGAUCCAAAUGCACAACCGAUUAACAUUACAGCUAAACCAGAACAAACCUCAAUAGCUCCUACAGGCA